CAUUUGUAACAAACAAACAAAACAUUAUAAAUCCUGAAGAAGACGAGCUGAGCAUUCAGUAUUCUUCAUUGCUUCGCAGAGAGAGAAAGCAGAGAGCGAGAGAGAGAGAGAGAGAGAGAGAGAGAGAGAGACGAUGGAGGCAGCAACCACUUGAUCAAAGCGUCAUUUCUUUUCUAAGCCCGUUUCCAAUAACUCCGGGGGGGGAUCAAAAGAUGGCAGUCUCUUUCACUCGUUUCACCUGGCUGAACUUAUGGGGUGGUAGAAAAGGGAAAGACCCGGUCUCAAAUGGGUCUUCUUCUCUAAAUUCAUCCUCCGACCUGGGUUUGGACUUCAGGGAACCUGAAACUGUUAAGUUCCAGAGAAAGUUAUCUCCAUCAAAGAAGGUCAAGAGAAAGUUGCAGAGGGAGGAGGAGAAGAGAAAUGAUGGUGAAUUUGAUGUGGUAGUGCCUUCUGAUGGUGUUUGCUUAUCUGGCUCCGAAUCUGAUGGCCCUGAAUGGUCCAUUGGAUGGGUGGAGCCCCAUGGUCCGGGUUUCCAAAGCAAGGAUGAAGUUGAUGGUGGUUUUGCAGUACUGGUUCCUUGCUACAGGACAGGUUGCAAAGGAGUGGCGGAAGGUUCAAGUAACCAGCUCCUGAGUGCGAUCGAGAACCUCCCUAAUGGAUUCUCCUCUGAUGGAAAGAACUAUAUAGAAAAGUGGCUUUCUUCUCUUCCAAACUUUUGAAGCCCAGAAGUUGCUCUCUCUUGUUUAAACUACCUUCAUCGAACCGGCUCUUAAUCCUGUGAUUAGUUUCAAAGAACCAAAUCUAUAACAUAUCAAAUAAGGAGGGGGGAAAAGAUGGUGUUUUGUGAUCUGCAGCAGCUUCACCAAAGCGCAGAGAGCGAACUUGCAUUUAACGAGAUCGAAGACAAGGUCAUUGUCGUCUAAGAAAGUGACCAAGUAUGGUUCCGACAAGACCUAGAAGAUGGGAAGUUCUUUUCCAGUUCAUGUCAUUUUUCAUUGUUGAUUGCAGAUGAAUUGAUCCUAGAAGAGAUAGACUAAACAAUGGUGGAAAUUCUUUUUUGUUCUUUUUCUCCUCUCUAAAUACUAAUAUUUGAAUAUAUGGAAAUGUCUUAGCUCACUACUACUGUAAAUAAUUUUCAUCUUUCCCCCUACUAAUGAAGAACAAAGUGCUAUAUAUAUACUUCAUACAGUACAAUGUU